ACUCAAAACCAAAUUGGACGUUUAGACCAUUCCCUGCACUUUCCUCUCUGAAUCAUAAUUCAUAAAUAGCAGAGAAGCUUCUUUAGUUGUUGGCCCUCCUUAAACCCUUUCAACACGGCAAACUAUAUAUCCCUCUGAUUCUGUCCAUUCAAUUCUUCUCGUCUCUUUCUCUUCUGGGUCUUCCCUAAGACCCCGAAACCCAAUUCCCAAAAUCCAAGAAUCGUACGACCAUGGUGAGAAAAUCCAAGGAGAAGGAGAAGACCGGAGAAGGGUCGAGCUCCGCCGAAGCAUCGGUGGCUCCGUUUCUGAAAAAAUGUUACGAGAUGGUCGACGACGAAGAAACGGACUCUAUAAUCUCGUGGAGUGAGAGCAAUGACAGCUUUGUGAUCAAGGACGUGACCCAGUUCUCGGUUAUGAUGCUCCCCAAGUAUUUCAAGCACAGCAACUUUUCCAGCUUCAUGAGGCAGCUCAAUAUCUAUGGCUUUAGAAAAAUAGAUCCGGAUCAUUAUGUAUUUGCAAACGAAGGAUUUAUUCGAGGUCAAAAGCAUUUGUUGAAGAAUAUUUUCAGAAGGAAAUAUCCGCAGGGCACAGAUCAGAGAAAAACAUUGCAGCAGAAAGAUGAUCAGAAACAUGAUCCUGAUGAACCUUGUGAAGACAUUGAAAAUGGUCUGUGGAGGGAAGUUGAGAACCUGAAGAUCGAUAAGAUCUCUCUAAAGCAAGAGUUGGUGAAGCUUAGGCAGCACCAGGAAAUGUCAGAAAACAACUUGCUCCUCCUGAGAAACCGCCUUCAUGGAAUGGAGAAGGAUCAACAGCAGAUGCUCUCAUUUUUGGUGAUGGCGAUGCAAAAUCCUGGGUUUUUAGUUCAGCUGGUUCAGUCAAAAGAACAUAGCUGGCGCUUGGCUGAAGCUGGAACUAUGCUAGAAGAAGUAGAUGAUGGUAGACCAAUGGCUGCUGAUGGUGCCAUAGUGCGGUACCGACCUCCUAUGGAGGAAGCACCGAAGCAUGUCUUCUCAUCAGAUUCGAGUUUAGAGAUUCAACCAGAAUUAGAUUCUUUUGUGAAUUCCAAUGGUGUAAUAGUAAGGUACCAACCACCUGUGGAUGAAGCGCCAGCUGUAUUCCAACCGGAGAAACAACCAGAUGGAGUGGAAGAUUCUUUUAUGAAUUCAGAUGGUGCAUUAGUAAGGUACCGAUCACCUAUGGAUGCAGCAGUGAAGCCUAUACUCACACAGAGUUCAGGCUCAGGGAAACAGCCAGAGCUUGAUUCUUUCCCUGAUGGGAUGAAAGAUAUUUUUGGGAAUUCUGAUUUUGUGAAAAUGCUAAUGGAUGAUAAAUUGAGCCCUCGAGAAAAUCAUGCCCAGUUUAUCCUGCCUGAUGCUGAUGUUGAUGAUAAUUCAUGGGAGAAGCUGCUUUUGACUAGUUAUUGGUUAGAAAAUAAUCAAAAUAUUGAAGGUGCAAAGGAAGAAAGAAAAGAGCCCGAUGAUUCUAGAAUGGAGGUUGAAUCAACAGCAGCCAAGUUGAAUGAAUCCAGAAAUUUUGAUUCUUUAAUAGAACAAAUGGACAAAUCAGUUCAUCAGAAUUUGGAAUUCAUUAGUGAACAUCCGAGACACAUGGCUUCCGACCCCGACAAGAAACCAGAAACACAGUCGGGAAAGUAGCAGGACUUUAUAUUGGUUCUCAUGAUAGUAUAUUAUGGGAUAAUCGUGAUCCCUGUCCGUCUCUCUUACACAAGUCAAGAGACAAUGUAAGUUACUGUUUUACAACCUAUAGUAGAAUCUUCCUAUAUUAGAACCUACAUGGAGUUAUGUAAUCUGUUUGUGUUCUGCAUGAUGCAAGUUCAAGUACAUGCUGCUUAACUGCUUGUUCACAUAUUUUGGUGGGCUACGAUCUUUCAGGAGAUCAACAUGUUUGCAUUUUUGUGUUUCUAUAUGUAAAUUCAAAUGUUACUUACUUGAAGC